AAAAAACAGGUUCCCACCAAGAGCUUCUUCAAACACGCGCAGCACGCGCUCUCACACAGUACCCUUUUAAUCUGACGGGCGACAGCCACAGUCAGCACAAACCUCCGAUAAACCCUAACAAUGGCGGUCAUAGGCACAGCCCUUCCAGACCCUCCUCAAAUCCACAGAAUCCCACAAUCCAAAUAUGUCGACGCUGUCCGAUGGCUCCCCCAGUUUUCAGCGUUCGACCGUUUCGUCGUUCUCGCCCUCUUCGACGACUCCUCCGACUCGCCCUCUUCCAUCGAAAUCCACUCUCUCGACACGCAAGCAGUAACCCUAAGCCCCCAAUCCACCUGGGCCCCACCCUCUCGAGUAUCCUCCCUUAAAACCUCCCAAACCCGGGGCCGGAAGCCUCUCAUUGCCGCCGGUACUGUUUCCGGCUCGCUCCACCUCCUUCUCGCGAACGCCGUCGACGCUUCGCUCGAAUCGGAGUUUUCGGUCGCGGAGGAAGAGCUCCAUGUGGGGCGUGUAUCAUGCGUGGACGUGAUGGAAGGUGGGGGAGAGUGUGUGAGCGUUGGAGAGGACGGGAGGGUCAAUCUGGCGAGCGUCGCGGGUUCCGAGUUGAGUUUCCGGCGGUUUUUUGAUAGCCAAGGGUUGGUCUCGUACACCUCGGUGAAAUGGGCGUCGCCGGCCGAGUUUGUGACUGGUGGCUAUGGGUUUAGCCUUCAGUGGUGGGAUCAGAGGAAGCCCGGAGGGGCGGCUUCCCAGCUCAAGGGAAACUGGGCUCGAGGAAUGUCUGGGAUUGUACAGUCCAUUGAUAUCCAUCCAUCAAGAAAGCACACUUGUUUGGCUGGAGGCUCUUUAGGCACUGUAUUUGCCUGGGAUCUUAGGUGGCAGCAACAGCCGAUUAUUCUUUCGGGUAUUGGGGGCAGUGAGGAUGGAACCCAUCCAGCAUGUGAAAGUGAGGUCUGGGAAGUUCAGUACGACCGCCACACCAAGUCUACAAACACUGGCAACAUCUCGUCCUCACGGGUCUUACCAGCCAUGAUCUGCUCAGAAGAUGGGAUCCUUGCUGUUGUUGGACAAGAUGCAGAACCCAUUGAGCUGUUGGCUGAACCUUGUGCAAUCAACAGCUUUGACAUUGAUCGGGAAAACCCCUCGGACGUGAUCUGUAGUUUGGAAUGGGAAUCUAUAGUCUUGUUAACAAGGCCAUAAUACCAAGAAAUGGAAUUGAAGGUUCUGAGAUAAAUUCUACUUCAUUUCUCUUUCGAAAGAGCUCUCAUUUCCCACAAUUACUAGGCGCUUAAAACUCAAAUCAUGACAAUAGAGGAUGAAGGGAGCACUUCACUUUUUUCUAUAUUGAUUACGCAUGUGUGUGACUGACUUGUAGGCACUAACAUGAUAAUAUGUAGUUGCCUUUCCAGCAUAUGUAGCAUGACAAGUUGUCUUGUACGGCAGGAAAGCCAGCUUGGUUUGCCUAAAAUGAGAGAGAGAGCUUGUUAUGUGACUUUCAAUGUCUCUCUAUACAGGGCUGAUUUUAUGGUAUUUGUUCA